CUUAAACUAAGGUUGUGCAUUUAACAUGUAUGUGAGGCUGAGAAACCAUCAUCCAUGGCUGUCUCUGAUUUCAGGAAUAGGUGGAAUACCUACAAGCUGGACAAGUUGGAACCAAAUGACUCCAACAAUGAGCAAGAUGCAGAAGAAAUUGCGAGGAGGCAAUUAUCAACAAACCUAAGCCAGACACUGAGGACCAGGCAGCUGCUCAUAGACUUUGAUGGCGGCAGGCCUAUUUUGAGUCUCCGAGCUCCACCGGACUUGGUUAACUUUCCAUCUGUCUCCCGCCCCCGCUGGCCCUCAGAGUGUGAGGUCAUCAGCGACACUAUUCAUCACAUAGAGUGGGAUCCUCCAGAACCAGAGCCUUUCUACCAGCUAACAGGAUGUGAGAGGACUCCUAUGCCAGCAAGAAAAGAUAAGGGAAAAGUGGUGUACUUCACUGAUCACGCCAUGAAGCAUGCUUACUUUACCACUUCUCGUUUUGGGGGAAGCAAGGGCCCUAUUAAAAACGCCACUUAUGACAUCAGUGAGUCAGACCUCAUUCUUGAGUUUGAGUCCCGCUUUGAGAGUGGGAACCUUCAGAAGGUUGUACAAGUGGGAGUCUAUGACUAUGAACUCACCCUACGCACAGACAUGUACACCAACAAACACACUCAGUGGUUUUACUUCAGGGUCAGAAACAUGAAGGCAGGAGAAACCUACUGUUUCACUAUUGUCAACUUGAUGAAGAGCAACAGCCUUUAUUCUGUGGGUAUGAGACCACUCCUUUACUCAGAGAGGGCUGCCAAGGAGAAAGGUGUUGGAUGGCAACGCAUUGGCUCCAAUAUCCGAUAUUACCGUAACUGCAACCAGGACAAAAACAGCGUCCCUCCUACCCUGUACUCACUCACCUGGACCUUCCAGUUCCCGUAUGACUCAGACACUUGUUAUCUUGCCCACUGCUACCCCUACACCUAUUCACGGCUGCAGAACUACCUUAGGUGUAUUUCCUCAGACCCCAAUGUGGCAUCAUAUUGUAACCUGCGGGUGCUGUGCCGCAGCCUGGCUGGAAAUGACGUGUAUGUGCUGACAAUAACGUCCCGUGGGGCCAGCAAGUGUGAGGACAGGAUGAAGAAAACUGUAGUGGUGACAGCCCGAGUGCACCCUGGAGAAACCAACGGGUCCUGGAUGAUGGAGGGAUUCCUGGAUUUUCUGCUUGGGGAAUCUGAGGAUGCUCGGUUAUUGAGAGAUAUGUUUGUUUUUAAGGUGGUGCCAAUGCUGAACCCAGAUGGUGUUGUGGUGGGCAACUACCGCUGCUCCCUGGCAGGCAGAGACCUAAACAGAAAUUACAAGACAGUGCUCAGGGACUCUUUCCCAUGUGUGUGGUAUACUCGAAACAUGGUGGAAAGACUUAUGACAACGACAGAUGUGGUUCUUUACUGUGAUUUCCAUGGCCACAACCGAAAAAAUAAUGUUUUCAUGUACGGCUGUAAGAACCACGGUGAACCUGCACUGAGGCUUCGUGAGAGAAUUUUUCCACUAAUGUUCAGUAAGAAUGCAAAUAACAAGUUCUCCUUCAAGAGCUGUAGGUUCCAGGUGCAGAAGAGUAAAGAGGGAACAGGACGAAUUGCUAUGUGGAACCUUGGUAUCAAAAACAGCUACACUAUGGAGGCCAGUUUUGGAGGCUCCACUCUGGGAGACAGGAGAGGAACUCAUUUUACUACUCAAGAUUUGAAGUCCUUUGGCUUUCACUUUUGUGACACUUUGCUGGACUAUUAUGACCCUGAUCCAUCCAAGGUCAAUUACUGUUUGACAGAGCUCUCAGCACUGCGGAGAGAUUUGGGCAUUGACUCUGAAUUUUCUGUAUCUGACCUGGAAACUAGCACCAGUGGUUCAAAUAGUUCAGAUUCUGAUGGACUGCCUGUUCAUUUACUGCACCAGCCCCAGACUAAGAAAAAGAGACGGCUUAAGAGUCGUAAAGAACGCAACAGGCUGCAACCAGAAAGAGCACUGAACUCAGAGCCAAAGAUCCAGGAAAGCAGCAAACACAGUAUUGAGUUGAACUUGUUGAAUGAGAACAUAGUUAAAGGAAAGCACGUGGGAAGAGACAGAAAAAGAUAUCAGGUGAAUGGCCUGAUAAGAAAAGCUGGGCUCCCUCCUGCCACUGGUAACCCUGGAGAGGUCAGUCAGGUAACUCUGUGGCAGGGCUGUGAGCCUGUUAAGGAUGAUUUUCUGGAAGACAUCAGGGUCCCAUGUCCAUAUCACAGGACAAGACCAAGUCCUGAUCUCAGCUCAUACAUACCUACUUUUCCUCAGACAGAGGAUCAGAGGAUGGAUUUGGGACAAUGUAGAUGCACGUCUCAGUUGCUACACCUAAGUGCACCCCUUCCAUCUCAAACAAAUUAUGUACCAAAGCAACACCCAUACCCCCGGCAGCUCUUUGCCACCUAUAAAGUCUACAGAGGGCUGCCUUCUUCAGUGACAGUACCUCACAGAUGUCCCUCCUGUAUGCUCUUCAAGAUGUUUCCAAACACUGGUCCACCAAUGCACCUCCUGUCAAAUUUUGCCGCAGAGAAAUUUAACAGUCGGCACAUUUAUAAGGACAGAAAUAUUUUACAUACCUCUCAGCUCUGCUUUACACCUGAGGAAUCCUCCAUUAAUGAGAAACAAAAUGAGCAUUCCAAAGAAGGUAAUUUACCAAGUAUGUCAUUGUUGAGAUGUGUACCGUUUGGAGAGCGGAGCCAAAGAGCUCUAACGCCUAGUUUCAUCCCUGUGGGAGAAGAGGCAGAUAGUGCUUUGUUUGUUCCUGUGCUGAAGGGCACAAAGGGACAAAGAUUCCUCAAGGAGACCAUGGACGACAAAAGGUACAAUUUACCCCAUGUGAGAAAAUCGUCAGCACUGGGCAGACUGAAUCUUCCACGUCCACAGAGUGACAUCCUCCAUAGACUCCAAACACCCACUAAGACUAAUGACAUCAUACAAUACUCCUCUGGAAAAGAACUGCAAAGACCUAUGGGUCCAGAAGACACAAUACUCUCAAGACUAUCACAGUCUGGCCCACUGUAGCACACAUUUUGUCAUCCAGA